AUGUUUCAAACACCCAUCGUCUGGCCCAAUGUGGUACUUUUCACCCUUUAUCAUAUUAUAGCCCUUCAAGGGUUGUACUACAUUGCAACUUUGAAAACUAACUUGAGAACUUUAAUUUGGGCCUUCUUGGUUUUGGUUUUAGCCGGACAAGGGAUCACGUCUGGGGUUCACCGUUUAUGGGCCCAUAAGUCAUACAAAGCUAAACUUCCUCUCCGACUUUUUCUAUGUCUAUGUCAGACCAUAAGUUUCCAAAACUCGAUUUAUGAAUGGGCACGUGACCACCGCGCCCAUCACAAGUUUAGUGACACCGAUGCUGAUCCACAUAACAUCAACCGUGGAUUUUUUUUCGCCCAUAUGGGUUGGUUACUAGUACGCAAACACCCACAAGUUAAAAUAAAGGGUCAAUUGAUUGAUUUGAGUGAUUUAGAAAGUGAUUCAGUGGUACAAUUCCAGAGAAAGUACUACCAUGUUUUAGCCCCGAUUUGUUGUUUUGUGGUACCGACAAUUGUACCAUGGUACUUGUGGGAGGAAAAUUUUUAUACAAGUUUUUGUGUUUGUAUGUUGAGAUAUUUGAUGAGUCUCCAUUUUACUUGGUUGGUCAAUAGUGCGGCCCAUAUGUGGGGGUAUAAACCCUACGAUAGGUCGAUUAAACCAUCUGAAAAUCGUGUCGUUGCAAAGUUAACCAUGGGUGAAGGUUGGCACAAUUACCAUCAUACUUUCCCAUGGGAUUAUAAAGCUGCGGAAUUAGACACUUACAAUGGUAAUUUAAGUACUGCCUUCAUUGACUUAAUGGCACAAUUGGGAUGGGCAUAUGAUUUGAAAACGGUACCAUUGGAUGUAGUCAGGAAGCGGGCUUUGAGGACUGGGCAAUAA